GAUCAGCAGACGUAUAAAACAGGUGGUGUGUCAGCAGAAAGACAUCAGCUCCUUCUCCUUCAGAGCUGCUUCAUCUGUGGAGUUUGUGAGGUUCAAAGCUGAGCUCUGGUGGCAGUUGGACCUUGGACAGUUUCCCCCCAUUUGCCAGGAUGUUUGUGGAUUGCAAUAUGCGGAAGCCUGAGAAAAUGUUGUUCUGGAACUUGAUGGCUGCAGUUUUUGUAUUGGGUCAAGCAUGGCAGAAUGUGAAACUCAGUUCUCAGCCAACAGGCAGUGGUUUAAAGAUGGAUUGUGCUGCUAACCUGAUGAGGCUUUCUUUGGAUGAGGCUCUUGCAGUUGGAAACCAACUUGAAGUUGAUGCAAUCAAUGGUUCCAACCUUAUUAUGCUGACACCUGGUAAGGCUGCUCAGUGUGGCUACAGCAUGGAAUCUGACCCUUGGGGCAACACUAGAAUCUACACCUCCCUGCUGGGCUGCUAUGUGGAUAACAAGGAUGACAUGACCUUCACUGUUGGCUUGAAACUGAAAAUCUUCCACAGUCCCUCUGAUGUGCUCAGUCACGAUGUGUCCCAGACCUGCAGCUACACUCGCUGGGCUCCUAAAGAGAUCCUCUGUGAAAGGAACUACAUGGAAGUGUCCACUUACAUGGCUAUGGCUACAUCUCAAGUCAAAAGUCACGAGAAGGAUGACUCUAAUGCCCUUCCUACUGAGUCCAAUGAUGAAAGUGGAAUCUGGAAGCUCACCUUCUUCGCUCCUGAACCUGUAUCCAUGGUCCCAAAAGAAGCUGACCAAGCCGGCUACACCGCCAUGACUACCCCAACCCGCCUGGUUGUACGAAGCCCCUACAACACUGCAGAGACUUACCCUGAGGAUGUUGCUGGAGUCCCCAUGGAAGUCCUGAAAGUGAGCGUUUACCAGAAGUCCCAGCAAGGACUCAAUGUUGUCAACUUGGCAGCUGCUUGCCCUACUGGUGGUGUCCUGUUCACUGAGAACCUCAUCUCCUGGCACUUGCCUCGCCGUGUGACUCCUCUUCUGGACAGCAAAGUUAAAACUGUGGAAAUGUUCAUGGGAAUCAACGGGCUGAGGCUGGAUAAGGCUCAGAUGGCUGCAAGGAAAUACUCCCUGUCUACCACCGACUUCCAUGUUGUUGUGGAUAUCCCAAUCGGCUCACCUGAAGGCUACUAUAAGAGCCAUGCCCCAGACUUCCAGUACCACAUCACCUACUCCAUUGAGCCCAUGCUUGAGAUGCUGUGGAGAGCCGACAACACUCAAGAUGACACCCGGUACAAGGUCUUGUUCCCAAUUACGACUCCACCAAUGCCUCGCCCUCCUUUCACUGAGGAUCAUACUGUUGCACAGGAGAGGUACUUCACUGCUUAUGUGGGAACUUUCCUCCAUGAUGUGGUUCUGAGGAACAUCACUUUUCCCAAUGGCAUCUUCACGGUUGAGGAGAGCAAUGCCAGAGGUUACCUUAUCCACCAGCACCUCAUCUCAAAUGGCUCCAUUGUCUUCUCCCUUCAAGUUCCCUUUGACUCUGAGGCUGUCCUGAAGCAUAACCCUGAGCCCUUGAUGACUACUUACACCCUCUCUGUAGUCUUUGGAUUUGCCAUCCUGCCUGAGCAAGCAACAUUUUCCCACCCACUGCAACUGGAGGCAUCUGUUAAGGAUGUUGUGCUGCCCACACUCUCUGGCACCUGCGACCUGGACAAGUUUUACAUCACAGUGACAUACGGCAACCAAGGAAAUGAAUUCCGUACCCUGGUUGGAACUCGUGAUCUGACCCCUGAACUGGCUGCACUCUACCAGAUUCAACAGAACAACACACACUUCUCAAUCCAAGUGCCAUAUGCUGCUGAAGAUGUGGUCUUUGAGUCAAUUACCACUGAGUCAAUCAAAGCCAGACUCGAUGUGCUGCUGUGGGAUGCCAAAAACAACUGGGUGCUCGGUGACCUUUACUUGGCUUGCUACUUCCCCUUGAUGAUGACUAGGUGCUACCCCAACGGAACCAUCGCUGCCUUGGCUGUGAAGGUCAGCUCUGUGCCAAACCUCAUCCCCAGCUGGCUGACUCUGAAGGACCCUUCUUGCGGUCCAACCUCCAGCAACAACCGCUUUGCUCAGUUCAUCUUCAGGGCUGACUCUUGUGGCACAACUAGAACAUUCUUCAACAACUACAUGCUGUAUGAGAACGAGAUUGGCCUCUAUUACACUCGUGACAAGGCAAUGCCACGCACUUCUCCUGUUGACCCUGACUACAAGCAAACCAUCUCCUGCUACUACCUGGUUAAUGACACCCAGAGCAUCGGUUUCACUGCACAACCAAGACUCUACGAGCCCAAAGCAGAGAUCGGUUCAGGCCUGCUGGUCGUGCAGAUGAGAGUGGCAACAGAUUCUUCAUACAAGCAGUUCUACAAAGCUGAAGACUACCCAGUAGAGAAGUACCUCAGGCAGCCUCUGUUCUUUGAAGUGGAACUAGAAUCAACAGAUUCUCACUUGGAGCUCAUCUUGGAAAACUGCUGGGCUAACCUUCAAGAAGACAAAACUGCUGUCCCCAGCUGGGACAUCAUUGUUGAUGGCUGUGAGAACCCUGAGGACAGCUACACCACUAUCAUCUACCCUGUCGAGAUGGAUGCCAGAGUCUCAGUCCCAUCCCACACCAAGCGUUUCUCCAUGAAGAUGUUCGCUUUCCUCGAGGACCAGAAGGUUCUGAAGCAUGAGAUUUAUGUCCACUGCAACGUGGUGAUCUGUGACAAAACCGUCCCUGGUGAAAACAUCUGCCGAGGCCAGUGUGCUGCUAAACCCUCUGCUGGAAUUAAAUCUUCUGCUACACAAGGAAGGAAAAGGGCACAAACUCCCCCUAACCAGAAAAAGCAGAUUUCCUCUGGACCAAUUAUGUUGAAUAGUCGCUUCCAAUAAACAAAACUUCUUAAAAUA